AUGGCAAAGUAUCACGAAAUUUUGAAGGACGAACUUUCAGCAUGGAAUCAAAACGCCCUCAGUAGCGAUCUCUGGCAGGGCAUCAGUGAAGAACGAAAGCGAAAAGAAACGAAGAUGAAAGAAGAAGCAUUUGAUCAGCGACUCUUUCAGCGGAAAACGACGGGCGGCAUGAUUCUCGUGAACCUUAAGAAGGACCCCAAAGCCAAUCCCGACUACUCGCACGCAAAAGCUCCCACCGGGCAAACCUCGCCAAUGACCCAUCUGGCUGCGGAAUGGAAGAAUAAUAACGAUGAUGCGUGGGAGCGCAACGUCAUCACGAUCGAAUGGUUCUGUUCCAUCCCUUUCCCGAAUCGAACGAAUGAGGAUGAAAUAAAACUUCAAGAAUCUCCAAGAGGAAAGAUGUUGCAGAGCUAUGCAGAUCAAUACUUUGAGGACAACAUCGUGGAUGGGUAG